AUGUCUCUCUCUCUCCUCUUUGUGGGCCUAUUCUCUCUCUUAUUCUCCCCAUCAAACUCCCUCCCUCUCUCCUUCCCUCUCACCUCCCGUUCUCUCUCCGAAGAACCCUCAAUUUCUCCAUUAUACCCUUCCCUCUACUCCAAAGCCGCAUCCAAACCACCCGCCAAGCUCCCUUUCAAAUACUCCAAUGCCCUGGUCGUCUCCCUUCCGAUGGGAACGCCGCCGCAGCUGAUGGACAUGGUCCUAGACACCGGCAGCCAACUCUCUUGGAUUCAAUGCCACGGCAAAGUUAACGGAAAAUCAGUUAAACCCGGAAUUAAGUGGUUUAACCCUUCUCUCUCCUCCACUUUCUCUUUCCUCCCAUGUAACAGCUCUCUCUGCAAACCUCGAAUUCCCGAUUUUACCCUUCCCACUUCCUGUGACCCACGUCGCCACUGCCACUACUCCUACUUCUACGCCGAUGGGACCUUGGCCGAGGGUAAUCUCGUCACUGAAAAAUUCUCCUUCACCGCCUCUCCCAUCGCUAUCGGCUGCGUUAAGCCCUCCGCCGAAAAUAGGGGUAUUUUGGGAAUGAAUACCGGACACCUCUCCUUCAUCUCUCAGGCCAAAAUAUCCAAGUUUUCCUAUUGUAUCCCGGGUCGAAGCAGGUCAGAUCUAACCGGGUUGUUCUACCUUGGAGACAACCCGAAUUCGGGUAAAUUCAAAUAUGUCAACAUGUUGACUUUUCCCGAAAGUCAAAACUCCCCGAAUCUUGACAAAUUGGCCUACACCCUCCCAAUGAAGGGGAUAAGAAUCGGCAGAGUCCAACUCAAAAUCUCUCCGGCCGUUUUUAAACCAGACCCAACUGGGUCCGGUCAGACCAUGAUUGAUUCCGGCUCAGAGUUGACUUACUUGGUAGAUGAAGCCUACAACAAAGUUAAAGCAGAGAUCGUGAGAUUAGUGGGGCCCAUGAUGAAGAAAGGAUAUGAAUACGCCUCCGUCGCCGACAUGUGUUUCGACAGUGCAAUGGCGGCGGCGGCAGGGUCGAGAAUUGGUGACAUGUGGUUUCAGUUUGAGAAUGGGGUGGAGAUAUUGGUUGGGAAAGGGGAAGGGUUAUUGACGGUUGUGGAAAAAGGGGUGAAGUGUGUGGGGAUCGGACGGUCAGGUAGGCUUGGAACUGAGAGUAAUAUGAUCGGAAAUGUUCAUCAGCAGAAUAUGUGGGUGGAGUACGAUUUGGCCAAUAAGAGAGUUGGGUUUGGUGGAGCUCUGUGUAGUGGAUUGAAGGCAUGACCAUAGACGGUGAAGAUUCAUACAAUCAUAUAUUUCAUUGCGAUGGUGUGUAUAUAAUUAUAUUAAGUAUAUGA